UUCUAAUAAACAAAGGCGUUUUUAUCGUUUUCUCUAGAAAACAGAUACUCACAAACAACUGAUAUCGACUAUUAUAUCAACUACGACCUGUAUUGACAAGUAUAUAUUCUUCAUAAUAGCCUAUAAUACUGUGUUAUUAAUAUUGGGGGAUUUGCCUGUUAGCUUGUUAGCCGGUAGCAUCAUCGCGCUGAGGUUGUUUAAAAGGGUGAAGUUGGAGCUACAAGCGGCUCUGGUUAAAAGAAUAACGCUAACUGUACUAUGAGACCGGAAAGUGUUUGAUAAUUUAUGAUUAUAAACCCGUUAUUCUACGGAACAAAAAAACUCACCCCACUGCUAGACGCCAUCUUGUUUGAUCUGUUACCGGAAAUGGCUGAAAGGGAAAAUUUAAUUUUGUGAAGAACAACGCCCCCUGCAGAUUGCAAGCGCUCUGCAGCGAGAAAAUGAUAAAUAAAUAGAAAAAAAAGUUAUUUUGAAAAUAUGUUUUCGUGUCUAGUUCUUUUAAAUUAAGUCUCUGUGCUAUUUUUUUUUCUUAUUUUGAAUCACAAAGACAACGCAUGUGUUGUUCUAGUUUUAGAAGAAUAACGGCACUUAAAUUAGAAAUGUCCAGGUGUAUGAUAGAUGAGCUUGUGGCCCCGCCCCUUGCCCCCACUGCCACAGGUGCUCCUCAUUAUAAGGCAGAGAAAGCCGAAUGAUGGCGUGUCUAUCUGCAGCGAAGAACAGAAAUGUCUACCAGCGGAGUGGAACCCGCAGCCCAGAGUCCGCUGAUGUCCUGCAGUUUCUCUUACAGCCCCUGGUCGUGUGUCUGUGCCAAGGGUUGGUCGGCUGCCAUGUGGAACGGCUUCCCUGACCUGCUGCCCCCCUCCUCAGGAUGCUCCGCCCCUGAACCAUGGCUCCUCCCCGGCUGCAGUUCUGUCUAUGACAGCCUUGUCAGUAAUGCAUCUCCAAUCCCGUCUCCUCCUGCUACCAGUGGACCUCGAGGACGAGAACGAACAGGGAGCAAACCGCGCAGGCCAUCCAUCCUGGAGCGCUGCAUCCUCAAAGUGUCCCACAGCAGUGUGGCUGUGGGGACAGAUGAUGUUGAUGGUAAAAGGCCAACUUUCUCUCGCUGCUAUAGCCGCUUGCCAGAUCCAGCAAACACAGAGACCAAUGCGGCGGUCUUGAAGCGGCGUCAGAAACAGAUCCAGUAUGGCAAGAACACCAGCGGCUACCAGAACUAUGUGCAACAGGUCCCCAAACACCUGCGGGAUCCUAAGCUCCACCCAUCCACUCCCAACAAGUACCGCAAAUACAGCCGGCGUUCCUGGGACAUGCAAGUCCGUCUGUGGAGGCGGGCACUGCACAUGUGGGACCCACCAACCAGUGAUGAGCCGGACACGCCAGACCCAGUGGAGCAGCUGCAGAGUCAGCUGGCCAAGAUGACUUCGGACCUGUGUGAGGACAGAGGAGAUGAGCAGAGAGAGGAAACUCCUGCAGCCUCAGAAGCCUCCUCGGUGUCUCCUCUGUCCAUUGAGGUUCCUGGAUCCUGGAUGAUCCCAUUGUCCCCGCAGGUGGAGAUGAGCCGCCGGCCUCUUCGCUCUCCUCCUGGUCUCAGCUACACUCACAGGAGUCAGCUGACCCCUGAUGAUGGCAUGAAUGACUGGCUCCGGCUCCUGAUGGAAACCGACCAUACCUCAGAUUUCGGCUCAGAUGACCAGCAGGUUCCCGUGUUUUCUGACCAGCUCUUCUGGAAUCCGUACUAGUGAUCCAAUCCAACAUGAGCCCAGUUUGACCCGUUGUUGACAUAAUUGGCCGUGGCGUCUUUAUCUGCUGACUCUGAACAUUUUUCAAUGUGUUUCUGGAGCAUCCAACUCGUCUUUUUAACGUCACCAACUUCACUGACAGCAGGGACGUAAUCAGUCCCUGAUCUGAGCUCCGUCUGCCCUUCUGACCCGUUCUGGCAGCGGGAGGGAGCUGGACUCUUUGUUUGCACUUGUUUUACUUUAACUAUCAAACUGAGCACUUGUCACCUGCAUCACAUCCAAGUCCUGCACUGAGGGGAAAGUCACGCACUUGUCCUGUUUGUCACUUGGUUGUUCCUCGGUCCCUCACCUACAACCUUUACUCGUUGUCAUGUUUCCUUUUAAAAAACAAAGCUCCUGAUUGGAUGGGGGGGUGCUGCCACUUUGUUUUCUGAUUUAUUUUACUUCUCUGCUGCUUUAAGUAAAGUGAAAUGUGAUUAAUAAAGAUGUAAAUAAAAAGUUAGAA